AUGACAUCUAACAGCACUAACUCCUGGUUUGAGAACAAAACAAUACCCAUAAUCCCUGAAACAUCCAAACAGAGUGGCAUGGGAGCAUAUCUUCAGAGACAGGCACAUCUCGACGAGGGCCUGUAUAAUGACUUUUAUGGUCUAUGGAUCUCCCUAAUAGUCAUAAACUCCAUCAUAUUUUUGGCAGGAAUGAUACUCAACUCCGUGGCUCUGUAUGUGUUUUGUUUCCGCACCAAACAAAAGAGCACUUCAGUUAUUUACACCAUAAACCUGGCAGUGACAGAUCUGCUGGUCAACCUCUCUCUACCCACGCGCAUUCUCCUGUACUACAGCAGGGGGCGCUGUGUCACCUGCUCCUACCUCCACAUCUUCAGCUACUUUGUCAACAUGUACUGCAGCAUCCUGUUUCUCACCUGCAUCUGUGUGGAUAGGUACCUGGCCAUUGUUCAGGUAGAAGCAUCUCGAAAGUGGAGAAAUUCUAGCGUGGCCAAAUGCGUGUGUGUUUCCGUCUGGGUGUUUGCGAUCGUAGUCACCUACUCCCUCCUCUCCACGGCCUUCCAGCAAACAGACUGCAUCUCCAGACUCCUCUUCCUCACCAUCACGGAGUUCUUUCUGCCCCUCCUCAUCAUCAUGGUGUUCACUAUGCGCAUCAUGUGGGCCCUCACCGACAGACGCCUCAUGCAACAGAGCAGAGAGAGAAGGAGAAAAGCUGUCCAGUUGUUAAGCACCGUACUGAUUAUUUUUACAGUUUGCUUCACGCCUUUCCACAUCCGACAGGUUGUCAUAUAUUUCUACCCAGACAUGCCUCAUCAUGCCAUCGUCUACCAUCUGACAGUUACUCUCAGCAGUCUGAACAGCUGUAUGGACCCUGUGGUUUACUGCUUUGUCACUAAUAAUUUUCAGGCGACUGUGAAGCAUUUCUUCCGCCGUGCAGAGCCGGAGGUGACGAGUGGUGACAUUGUCAGCAUGCAGCACAGCUCUAAAGCCUCAGGAAGGACCGUUAACCCUGUCACUAAUAAUGGGAUCACGAUGAAGAAGAUCCCUGCUUCAAUGAGAAAGUGA